AUGAAGGAAAGAAGAGGCAACAAAGAUUACAAAAAAACCGAAUUAGACAAGAACUCAGACUACAAAAAAAGAGUCAGAACCUGUACUGAUUACAAAGAUAAUGAACGGAAAAAGGAUUUACAAAAUAAGAAACAACUGAGAUCAAAUGAAGAUUACAAAAUCAAACAGAGGGAGAUAAACAGAGGGUUUAUGAAAAAACUAAGAAUGGAUGAAGAAUACAAAAUUAAGGAAAGAGAAAAGGAUCUUACUAACAAGAAUGUACUAAGGACAAAUGAGUACUUUAAAAAUAAGGAGAGAGAGAGAAACAGCAAUAUAAUGAAAAAUCUUAGAUCAGAUGCUGAUUACAAGAACAAGGAGAGAGAAAGAAACAACAAUAUAAUGAAAAAUCUUAGGUCAGAUGCUGACUUCAAGAACAAGGAGAGAGAGAGAAACAGCAAUAUAAUGAAAAAUCUUAGGUCAGAUGCUGAUUACAAGAACAAGGAGAGAGAGAGAAACAGCAAUAUAAUGAAAAAUCUUAGGUCAGAUGCUGACUUCAAGAACAAGGAGAGAGAGAGAAACAGCAAUAUAAUGAAAAACCUUAGGUCAGAUGCUGACUUUAAGAACAAGGAACGAGAAAGAAACAUCAAUAUAAUGAAAAAUCUUAGAUCAGAUGCUGAUUACAAGAACAAGGAGAGAGAAAGAAACAGCAAUAUAAUGAAAAAACUUAGAUCAAACAAUGACUAUAAAGACACUGAGAGAAAGAGAAACAGCAAUUUAAUGCAAAAGCUUAGAUCAGAUGAAGAUUUUAGAACCAAAGAAAGAGAGAACGAGAAGCUAAAUAAAGCUGUAAAAAGGAACAAUGAAAUUUUAAAAUAUCGAGAAAGAGUUCAGAAUCAGCUUCGUAGGAGUGGGUCACAAGAAGCUAAGUUAAAAUUAGAUAGUAUUGAACCAGGUAAGAUCAUCUCCAGCCUAUUGGGAGAACAAAAAGAAAAACUUAUUUUCCAUGAUAAGACAGUUAGCCGAUCCACAAGAAUACUACAGAGAACAGAUUCUUCUUUUUUUCCCUGGCGGAAUGAACUAGAAGAAAUUGAAACCGUUGAUUGUAAAGAGAAGUUCAUGCAACACCAAGAGGUCAUCAAAGAAAAUGCUAAGCCUUACUGCUCCAUGCCUGAUCAUGUUUUAGAAGAAGCUGUCAACAUGGUACAGAAUGAAGUGAAACAUGUUGAAGAAGAGGAAGUUGAAGAGUUUGUGAAUGAUGAGCUCCCUAAACAUUACAAGGUCAAUGUUAUGGAUCAAGUGGAUCUGCUGGUGUUGGAAAAUCCACAGUCAUAA